AUGGAUACUGCUGAAGAAUUCAGCCCAUACCGGCCUGACGGCAAGAUCUACGGCUUCGUCUGUGUCGUCACAGGUACUUCGCAACCUGUCGGGCAGGCCAUCGUCCAGGAGCUGGCAGCACACGGGGCUGCUGCGAUAUACGCCUGUGAUCAAGCAACGACCUUAGAUACUGGCAGGAACUUUUUCGAUGCUCUCUCCAAGGACCACCCUCAGACCAAGGUCAUCCCCUAUCCAUUUAAUAUCGCCAAGGAGGAGGACACGGUCGUGCUCAUCGACGAGGUGCUAAACGCCUUUGGCCGCCUCGACAUCUGGGUCUGCUCAUCUGGCCUGCUCGGGCCUCCAUCGAUCCACGAUACCACCCCGGACGACCUCCAGAGGUGCUUUGAGGCGCACUCGAUGGCUCCAUUCUUCGCGCUCAAGUACGCGCCCCCGGCCAUGGCCAAGCUCACUGAGAAGCAAUCGUACCCCAACGCUGCGCCGAAGUCACAAAAGUACGGCAGUAUCAUCGUCAUCAGCAGUGUUGCAUCUACCUAUGGCGGCUGUUGGGGGCCAAGCUACACGAUGGCAGCCCACGCGGCACUGGGGGUCGUCAGGGCCGGCGUUGCAGUGCUCAAGGGAAGUGGCGUGAGGAUCAAUUGCAUUUCCCCGGGCCAAGUCGACGUGGGCGUUGAUCUGAACGGGAUGGACAUGAGAGGGAUGACAGCACAAUUCCCCCCAGCAUCCUUACAAACACCCGAGGCUCAAAAGCAGACCAUCCCGCUGGAGCGUGCUGGUCUACCAAAAGAGGUGGCAAGAGUCGCGGGCUUUCUGGCAAGUAAUUUCUCAUCCUAUGUCAACGGGGCCAAUAUGGUGGUGGAUGGAGGGGCCAGUGUGAUGAACCCCAUGACUAUCCCAAUAUGA